UGAGACUGAACAUAAUUAAAUAACUUGUCAGCUCUUCUACAGCUGAAAGCAUAAAUUCCAGGACCAGUAGGGCAACGUCUACCAGUUUCAAAACUAAACACUUGUCUUUCAUAACCAUAACGCCUGAGAGUUUUUAAGGGCCAUCUGAUAGGUUCUUUGCCACGCUGAUAGAGGACAAGCUCUGUGUCAUUUAUUUCUAACUGUCCAGAACUCAAACGAUUACCAAGAUCAUCAACGUUGCUUACCUACCAUAAGAUUAUAAUAUAAUAAAGAGCAUUUAAAAAUCACACAAAGUUAUUUGAUAUUUAAAUACCUGAAAAAUAUUAGGAUAUAAGUCAUUGAUAUCUUUCUUGCUUGUAACACAGCCCAUUUUCCAGCAUUCUGCUACAUAUAAAAAAAAUACAAAUAAACUAUCAAAUGAUGCUUAAUAGUUUUGAACUCAUAUAAUCCAAAAUAAGUUGACAGAACCAAUACUAACCUGCUAUUUUGACAGUGAUCUUUACAUCAGGAAAAUAUUAUCAUAUCAGAGAUGUCAUUAAGUAUUAAGCAUUUAAGUUGAGGUAAGUCAUUGAUAUGUACAUAAAAUGAAAACAUUAGGUUCACUAUACUAAAUAAAAUUAUAAUCUCUAAAUAAUUUUAAAUAGCUUCAUAAUUUAAUGUUUUCCUCGCAAAAUCCUAUAAGAUACUUAUAAUAUCGUUAACAUUUUUAUAAUUUUACAAUCAGAAUUUAUAAUUAUAAGCUUCUAAAUUCAAAACAAUUUAUACUAUAAUAAACUGAUAAAGCGUAAUAACCAAUGUUACCCAUUAUUUGUAAUGUCAAUGGAAGCUAUUCCAAGUAGGCACUCAGAUGUUUAUAGCUGGUGUAUCCAAGUUAGUGUCGUAGUAAUCGGGUCAAUCAAUAUAAGUGUUUGUGCCCAUCCUCUAAUUUUAUAUUCCAGCAGUUUUCUUUAUUUGCAGAUAUGUCUUUCUUCAGAACUUGAACUUCAUUCUUCUAGCUUCACUUGAAUCAGCUCAAAAACAACGGUCUCCUAUAAAAGCUAAACUAAGACCCAAGAAGCAUCAUAAGAGCAACCGUAACUAACUAAAUAGUGACGAGACGUGGGGAAUGUAAGUUUUGAUACGUGCGAAUUCACCGAGCCGGAAUGCUUUAAAUAUGUCCGGUUUAAUCGCCUUAUUUUAUUUUACGAAUUUCCGCACCGUGCUUCGUGCAAGAAGAGCCGUGCGCGAAUUCGAAAACUAUUCUCCGUGACGUUUCUCCUUUUUAAGUUAUCAUGGUAAAUUAAUGUGAUAGUCUUCAUAUUCAUAGACAUGAAGGUAGUUUCAUGUUUGUGUGUUAAGAUUUACCUGUUUUACUCAUGAUAUCUUAAAAAGGAUGUUUAUGCGCUACUGCAACUAAUAUUGUGAUAUAUUUAUUCUUUCGAUUGAAUCGUAUCAUGCAUGUUAAUGAGGAAGCUAUUACAAUAAGAUCAUUGCUAUAAAACACUAUGUAGCUAAUUAAGUUUUUGAUGUCAAGCACAUCUGUUGUGAUAGCUUUACUCUGAUUCGCUUCCGAAACUACUAUUCGGCCGGUGGUAUGUCGCGUAAUUAGUACCUGAAGUCUGACUUCACAAGAGAAUGUCCCGGCGUUCAACAAGGGAUUCAUCCCCUAAAUCUCGUUUGAGGAUGGAUUCCUAUUCAUCAAGUCGGAAUGGAAGAUCCAAAGGUACACCUCCAAGAACCAGAGAGAUUGACAGUGUAAUGAAAAAGGCUCGACGUGACGGUAGUCAAAGUGCUUAUUGGAAUAAGAAAUUGUUGGAAGCUGAAGAGAAAGAACCAGAUAGGUGGUGUCAUAGUGGCUACAAAGAAUUGUACCACGGUGGUGAGAAAAAAUCACCAGCUUCUUCUGGCUCAGACUCGAGAUCUCGUUCUGGAAGCUCAAGUCCUCGAACCCGAUCUCCGGUUAGGCCUCGAUCACCUCGCCAGAAAACAUCUAAAGGGAAGUCUAGAUCUCCUAAAGCUAGAUCAAGGUCCCCAAAAGCUAGGUCUAGAUCUCCUAAAGCAAGGACAAGAUCUCCUAAACCUAGGUCAAGAUCUCCCAAAGCAAGAACAAGAUCACCUAAAGUUAGGUCAAGAUCUCCCAAAGCAAGAUCAAGAUCUCCAAAACUGAGGUCACGAUCUCCCAAGGGGAGGUCAAGGUCUCCUAGAGGUAGGUCCAGAUCACCUCGAAUAAGGUCUAGAUCACCAAGGCAUAGAUCCCCUAGGCCUCGUUCUCCAAGGGUUAGGUCACCAAAGUCGUCAAGAAUAAGAUCUCCAAGGGGACCCAGGUCUCCUCGUAGCCCACGCCCCAGGUCUCCAAGAAGUCCUCGCUCCCCUAGGCAGAGAUCUCCCAGAGUUCGCUCUCCACGAAGCCCUCGCUCCCCCAGGAGAAGAAGGAGAUCUCCAUUUUUUAGAAGCCCUGUGAGGAGACCCUUGUCUCCUCGAAAGACUCGAUCACCAAGUUGUUCCUCUGAAUCUAGUAGUAGUUGUUCAAAUGAUUCAUGUUCUGUUUGUGCUAAAGAAGCUCGAAGCCAAACCAGAGAUAGGGGCAGAGAACAUGACAAGAGAAGGACGGAAACAACUCGCCAAGUCACGAGGUCCCGAUCAAUGUCUUUGAUUCAAUCACGGACACUGGAUAAGUCCAAAUCUAAGAAUAAAAAUAAGCGUGUCAAAGAAAAGUCUGUUCUAAAGAGGGAUUUUGUUGGACAGGUAAGCCGAUCUCACUACAUUAAAGUAGAGUCUGACUCUGACUCCUCAAGUGGGGCUAGCCAACCUGAAACUAAAGGUCCAAAAUUAAGCUUGUCUGAAAGGUUUGGAAGGAUUGCCCAGUGGAGCGUGGACAGGGAGUCCGAACAUAGGAAUCUCAGGAUAACAGCUGGCGAGAGGCUAACUGUUGAAAUGGACAGUCCUCCCUCUCCUCCUUAUCCUCCGAAUUUCUACUGCUCCAAUAACUUCCCUUAUCGAACUGACUGGAACGCUUGCGACAACUGCUCCUCCAUUCCGGCCAGGCCUCACCAAUCCUUAUCGAACCAGCCACCCCACUCCUUAACAGUCCGGCGAAGUCUUUCAUCCAUUGGAGAUCUGGGUUCUUGGGAUGAUGUAAGAGUUCGUUAUACAUAUUAUAAGGAACAUGGUUACUUAAGAGACCUUACUCUUCAGGAUUACAUUAAAUGGGAGCAGUGGUGGUAUAAAUACCAAGACUGGUUGGACAAUGAAAGAUAUUAUGAUAGGUAA